CCACAUGCAAGCUGACCAUGCUAUAUCACUUCGCUCCGAGUGAUUUGCGCCAAUCCGCAUCCGUAGUGUUCAGGAAGUGCACCUCCCCAACUGUCAAUACAGGCGUUCUCUUGUGAUAAUCAGUGAUGGAUCGAUACAGAGGAAUUCUAUCUCCCACUGCUGGGAAUUUAUGUCAGCCCGCUUGCUAUCGGUGCCCUCUCUCAAGCAACGCUCUUGCUUCAUGGAUUUCGGUCGGGAGAGUCAUCGAUAAUCAUGCUAGACAUGUCACAAGCUGCGAUGACGGGUCUGUGACAUGCGACCGUGCAAUAUCGCGGGCGCCCAAAAGUUUUGUCGGUGGUGGCAGACCGUGAAACGAGCGUUCGUGAUGAAAGGUCUUGUGACUGUGACGCGCCAGAUGCCAAU